UUCUGUGCAGCAUGUUUUCUGGGUGGAACUGGGUGGCCUGUGGCUUAUAUCUGCUCUUGAAUAUUUUUUCUCUUGAAGUUUCAGGUGGACUUGUACAGUCAUGUGGUCACAUCAUCCCGGAGUCUCCUGUAUUGGCCCUUGGUUCCAAUUUCACAGCAUUAUGCAUUUUGAAUGAGAGUUGUCUUGACUUUGGCAAUAUCUAUGCUAAUCAAAUUAUCUGGAAAAUUAAAAAUAGAGUGGUACCUAAAGAACAGUAUCGUGAAAUAAACAGAACGGUUUCCAGUGUCACAUUUAAUGACACUUCUUCACUAGCUACUCCUCUGACAUGCAACAUUUUAGCAGAUGGACAGAUUGAGCAGAACAUUUAUGGAAUUACAGUUACAAUAGGCUUGCCCCCAGAGAAGCCCAGGAACUUAAGUUGCAUUGUGCAUCAGGUGUCAAAACUCACAUAUCCUAUGACUUGUACCUGGAACCCUGGAAGGCAUACGUUCCUGGACACUCACUUUAGGUUGAAAUACAGAUGGCCACAAGAGAGCUUUCCUGACUGUAUACCGAAAGAUGUAAACAAUUCUUGUACAAUUACUGAUGUUCAGUUCUUUGUUAAUCUGGAGGUCUGGGUAGAAGCAGCAAAUGCUCUUGGGAAGGCUGAAUCUGAUCCACUUGUUCUUGAUCCCAUUGAGAUUGUUAAACCUCUGUCUCCACACAACUUAUCAGUGAACUCAGGAAUACUGCCUACUGUUCUGAAGCUUUCAUGGGAGAAUAGGAUUUCAGCAGCUGUGAUGAAGCUGAAAUUCAAUAUUCGCUAUAGGAUUGUUGGUGACACAAACUGGAUGCAGGUUCCUCCUGAAGAUACAGCUUCACCAAGAACUUCAUUCAGUGUUCAAGGACUCAGACCCUACACAGAGUAUGUCUUUUCAAUUCGUUGCAUGAAGGAAGAUGGAGUGGGCUACUGGAGUGACUGGAGUGAAGAGAAAACUGGGGUCACCACUGAAGAUAAACCAUCUAAAGGACCACCCAUAUGGAGGAUCAUUGAUGCAUCUCGCUCACCAGCUUCCUGGACUGUGCAUCUGAUGUGGAAGGCCUUGGAGCCAUUUGAAGCCAAUGGAGUAAUCUUGCAGUAUGAAGUGACUGUCAGAGCUAAAUCAUCUCUCUUCAGUCCACUAGAGAAAUACAACGUUAAUACCACCAACCUUACAUUAAAGCUGCCGAAUGGAACUUACGAAGUGACUGUGAUUGCCCGUAACAGAGUCGGGGCAUCGCCUCCAUCAGUUUUACUUAUCCCAGCAAGUAAUUCAAAAGCUCCUGUGAAGAAUGUUAGAACACUACCUAAAGAUGGCAAGCUGUGGGUAGGGUGGACUGCUCCUAACAGUUAUGUUCUUAAAUAUGUGGUUGAGUGGUGUCUGGUGUCCAACAGCUCAGACUGUAUCAUAGAAUGGCAGAACGAACCAGGAAAUGUUCAAGGAACAUACUUAAAAGGUGAUAUAAAGCCUUUCAAGUGUUACUUGAUAACUGUGUACCCUCUAUAUGCUGAUGGUCAGGGAAGUGGACAGUCUGUGAAGGCUUAUCUUCAGCCAGCUCGUCCUUCAAAAGGACCAACUGUUCAGACAAAAAAAGUAGGAAAAGCUGAAGCUGUUCUGACAUGGAACCGUCUCACAGUAGAUGAACAAAAUGGAUUUAUCAGAAGUUACACCAUAUUUUACAAAACUAUCGAUGGAAAUGAAACAGCCGUGACAGUGGAUCCUUCCAAGACAGAGUAUACCCUUUCUUCUCUAACCAGUGACACGCUGUAUACUGUGCGGAUGAUGGCAUACACAGAUGAAGGAGGCAGGAGUGGUCCUGAUUUUACAUUUACUACACAAAAAUUUGGGAAAGGAGAAAUUGAAGCCAUAGUUGUACCUGUGUGUCUAGCGUUCCUGUUGAUUGUGCUCCUUGGAGUUCUGUUUUGCUUCAACAAACGUGACUUAAUUAAAAAGCAUAUCUGGCCUAUUGUCCCUGAUCCAUCCAAGAGUAACAUUGCUCAGUGGUCUCCUCAAGUUCCAGCUAAGCAUAACUUUAGUUCCAAAGAUCAGAUGUACCCAGAAGGCAGCUUUACAGAUGUAAGCGUCGUAGAAAUAGAAGCUGAUGACAAGAAGUCUUUUUCAGAACAAGAUCUAAAACCCUUUGACUUGCUUAAAAAGGAAAAGAGUACUUCAGAAGGGCACAGCAGUGGUAUUGGAGGAUCCUCAUGCAUGUCUUCUCCUAGGCAAAGUGUUUCUGACAGUGAUGAAGGUGAAACUACACAAAACACUUCGAGCACUGUACAGUAUUCAACUGUAGUACUUAAUGGCUACAGAGACCAAACACCUGUACAAGUCUUUUCAAGGUCUGAGUCGACUCAGCCACUGCUAGAUUCAGAAGAGAGAUCAGAGGAUCAUGCUGGAGGAUGUGACAGUACAACACAGAGGCAGCAGUAUUUCAAACAAAAUGGUGGUCAGGAUGAAACCAACGCAGACAGGCCAUGCUUUGAAAGAGCAAAGCAAAUUACUUCUGCUAAUGAGGGGGAUCUUGUUGGAUUUGCACAACUGCAGAUCUCAGGUCAGAGUUCACAGCUGUUGGGCCUUGGGCUGGAAAAAAAUACCCAGGAAGCUGCUCUACCAGAUGUUUUACAGACAAGUACUGAAGGACAAACUGUGAGACCCGAAGCAGUAGAAGGAAAUCCACCAUCAGUUGAUGAAAUGCCAAAAAGUUACCUCCCGCAGACUGUGAGACAAGGGGGCUAUGUGCCUCAGUGAGAGAAGAGACUGGCUCUGUUUAGGCCUUCAUUAGUGCCUGUUCACACUUUCUCCUGUGUUUCUGAUAAAUUAAGCUAGGUAUUUUUAUCUGAAUGCAGAUAGAAAUACUGAAAUUAAGUGAAGAGUAAUUUGACAAAGUACAAUAAGGACUGUGUUUUUGUGGAAAAUUUGCAGUCCAGACCUACUGGAGACUUACUUUUAUGCACUACAUAAAAUCCGAUGUCUGGAUAGCUGAACAAGCCUUUGUGCUACCUUGGUUUUUUUGUGUCUUGUCAUAUCAGAUUUACACAUGAUUGAAAAUGGCAAGUUUCAAUUAAUCUCAUCAGCCAAUAGACCUCCUAGAAGAAAUACUUCGACUCGUGACAGUGUACAAGCCUAAAAAGCCAGCUUUAGUUGCUUGGAGCAU